GUACGCUGCAAGCAAAACCCUACCCUGCCUUUUGUUUUCCUCCAUCACCCCCAGCGUGGUAGCGUGCGCUUAACACCCCGCCUUCGACGACUGCGCCGCCCGUCGCUGCCGCAGCCGUCCUACUUCGGCCCCUUACUUCGCCCCCUUCGUCGGCGACGAGCAACACCAGUUUGUGGAUAAAGGGUCUUUAAGUCUUCAUAUGAAAUUAUCCUUUUGGUAGGCAGCUGAAGGAUAAUAACUAUCAUGGAUGCUACUGCAACAGAUCUGCAAAGGGCUGAGGAAUUUAAACUUAAGGCGAAUGAUGCCUUCAAGGCAAACAAGUUCUCUCAGGCUAUAGAGCUUUACAGUCAAGCCAUUGAGCUGAAUAGUUCGAAUGCAGUUUACUGGGCAAACCGUGCAUUUGCACACACAAAAUUAGAGGAAUACGGAAGUGCUGUGCAGGAUGCUACGAAAGCCAUCGAAAUUGAUCCUAGAUAUUCAAAAGGUUAUUAUAGACGUGGCGCAGCGUAUCUUGCCAUGGGAAAGUUCAAGGAAGCCCUAAAGGAUUUUCAGCAGGUUAAAAAAAUCUGUCCGAAUGAUCCAGACGCUACAAGAAAGUUGAAAGAGUGUGAGAAAGCUGUCCAAAAAAUCCGUUUUGAAGAAGCAAUUUCUGUUGGAGAUGCUGAGAGGGGCUCCGUGGCAGACUCCAUCGACUACCAUAUCAUAGAAGUAGAGCCACACUACGCGGGACCAAGAAUUGAUGGCGAAGAAAUAACGAUAGAUUUUGUCAAAGCAAUGUUGGAUGAAUUUAAGAAGCAGAAAUGCAUACAUAAAAGAUAUGCUUAUCAGAUUGUUCUAAAAACCUUGGAUUUGCUACGUUCGAUGCCUUCCCUUGUUGAUGUGAAUGUUCCAAACGGUGGGCAUUUUACAGUUUGCGGUGAUGUGCAUGGUCAGUACUUUGAUUUGCUCAACAUAUUUGACCUCAAUGGGCUUCCCUCAGAAGAAAAUCCUUACCUCUUCAAUGGUGAUUUUGUGGACAGAGGAUCUUUCUCUGUUGAAGUCAUACUCACGCUUUUUGCUUUCAAGUGCCUCUAUCCAAAAGCUAUGUACCUUGCAAGAGGAAAUCAUGAAAGCAAGAGCAUGAACAAAAUAUAUGGCUUUGAGGGGGAAGUGAGGUCAAAACUGGGCGAAAAGUUUGUUGAACUUUUUGCUGAAGUCUUUUGUUGGUUACCUCUUGCGCAUGUCAUCAACAACAAGGUCUUUGUGGUUCAUGGAGGGCUAUUUAGUGUUGAUGGGGUGAAACUUUCAGACAUCAGGUCCAUUGAUCGUUUCUGUGAACCACCUGAAGAAGGUCUAAUGUGUGAACUACUAUGGAGUGACCCUCAGCCUCAGCUUGGAAGAGGUCCAAGCAAACGUGGUGUUGCUCUUUCCUUUGGCGCAGAUGUGACUAAGAAGUUUCUACAGGAAAAUAACCUGGAUCUUAUUGUCCGGUCCCAUGAAGUAAAGGAUGAAGGCCAUGAAAUUGAACAUGAUGGGAAGCUUAUAACAGUCUUCUCUGCGCCUAAUUACUGUGACCAGAUGGGCAACAAGGGUGCAUUUAUUCGCUUCACAGCUCCAGAAAUGAAACCAGAUAUUGUUACUUUCUCAGCUGUGCCACACCCUGAUGUGAGGCCGAUGGCGUAUGCAAAUAACUUCCUCAGGAUGUUUCAAUGACAGAAUAUAGCAACCUUGUCUAGCAAUUUUUAUCAGAUGAGUCUAUUGUUUGUCAGCUCCCAACACAUUUCUUGCUAGGUUCAAGUGUAUGCUCUGUACAACAAAUCAAGUGAUGUAAGGGAUUCAAUUGUCGAUUUACUGGGACGUUGCAUCAAUUUUUGUGCUCGAGUUGUCAUUCUUGUAACCAUCAGUAAACAGCCUUAGAUCAUUAGAUUCUAGUUUACUUGUAAAAUUGCUAAAUCGUCAUUUCCUUUAUUUAUUUAUCAGCUAAGUUAUACACAUGUUUAGUGCUUCUAUCAAAUUAUUAUGUGUGUGCCUCA